AUGAGCAGCAAGGUGGUAAACGAAAGUAGCAUGUUCUACAUUGACUUUUGUCCAAAUUGCUCAAACAUUCUUCACUUGGACGAGUAUUUGGGAGAGAUGAGACAGAAAUGUCAAGUGUGUCCGUACUUCUCUACAAUCAAAAACGUCAUGCUUGCCUCCCGAUCGUUUUACAAACUAAAAGAAAUAGAUUCAGUUCUGGGAGGCAAAAAUGCUUGGGAAAAUGUGGAUUCAAUUGAUGUAGUUUGUAAUUCGUGCAAUCAUGGCAGAGCAUACUUUUUACAAGUUCAAACUAGAUCAGCAGAUGAACCUAUGACUGUUUUCUAUAAAUGCUGUAACUGUGGACACAGAUGGCGAGAAUAA